AUGAAAUUCUCCAUCUUGAAAUCUUUCGCCGUUGCAGGCCUCCUCACAUCCGCCAUUGCCAAUCCAAUUGCCGUCCGUCAAGACUCUUCCGCUCUGACCAUUCUUAACGACCUUUUCACCACCGUGCAAACAUACACCGGAGCCAUCAACAGCACACUAGCAACCCUAACCAGCACCUCGUCAGCCGUGGACAAAGCUGCGGCUCUUACAUCCAUUGGCACAGAGUUCACCGACCUCACCGCUGCUAUCACUUCCGCCACAACUUCCAUCAAGGGCCUCACUAUCGAUCCGGUCUCCAAACGCUCAGACGAGAUAGAGACUCGUCAACUGGGCGAACUAGCACUCCUCGGUGCGGCAAUAUCACUGCUCCUCCUUGAGGUAUUCGCAACUAUUGCCGCGGCCGUUGCUGCUCUCGGACUCGCUGGUCUCCUCGUUUUCCUCAGUCCACUUACCGGAGCCCUGGGUGCUUUGAUACUAGCGGUGGAGGUGCUGGUUGAUUUCUUGCUGCUGGACGUUACUGUGUUGUUGGAUACGCUUCUAACGGGUUUGGCUCUUGCGCUUGGUGGUCUGUAA